AGCAACCCCCGACUUUACCGAAACUCUGCUGCCAAUGCGCUUGCAUUCGUUCGCGCGAGUACUCGUCGCUUCUUCGCGCGUGUCAAUCUCGCUUUGCACUUAUCAUCAGUUUCCUGGUCAUUUCACUUCACCAUGCGCUGCCACGAUGACGCUCUUUCAUUCUGACUGAUUUCUAUCGUGAUCACCUCUUUUGCAAUUGUUCUUUUGAAAAAAAAAAAGAGGGAACAAAGAAGUGAGCAGUGUUUACAGUGUUUCCGUUGUUCUAUACAGUUUUCUAUACAGUUAGAAUGUACGCUGUUCACGUGUCACGUGUCGAUCCACGAUUCUGGUUCAAUAAAAAUCCUCUCUCGAGAACGUCCAGUUAGUUUGAUCGAUCACGAUGCAUUGUGAAUGAUUCAGAUAAACAUACAAUCGAGUGUACGACAGUUUGACAACGGUUCGUUCGAUGCUGUGAAUUUUCCCGCGAUUUUCCUCGGGUCACUGUCGCGAACACGAAUCCGGUGAAAGCGCGUGAAUCGCAAAGGUACAUUCAUACUCGUCGAAGCGAGCACGAGAGUGUCAGAUGUUUGAUUAAAAGCGACUUUUCGUUGAUGGUUAGAUUUUAGGUAAAUAAGGGCUCUGAUUACCACUAGCUGCGGGCUGAGAGCAGCCUUUUGAUCCUUUGGCUGGAAAACACGUUGCCUUCGACGAUACACGAGAGAAAAAUCUCGCUGCAAGCACGGCGAAUGCUUGUUUUACACGGAUUACGUCGAAAUUCAUUUCCACACUAGUGAUAAAUGAACCACCGAUGGAAUUUCAUUUCGUGAUUGGUGGUACGAAGAUCGAGAACUGGUUACCAGUGAAUAGCAGUGUGAUUGACAGUCUGUAAGAUUGAUUCAUUUCCGCGAUUGUCAUCGAUCAAAAGUGUGAUUCAACGACAGUGAACAUUUUAAUCAGACAAGUCAGAUUUAUCAAAGAGACGUUAUUAAAAUAUUGCUCGUUUCAGUGUUCAAGAUGUUCAAUUCACCAGGUCCGACGAAUUUUCUCCUUCGAAUCAACGAUCAUAGAGCAUCGGUGUUGAAUAAUAGCGCGGAAGCUGUUUCUUGAGCUGAUUUGCAAAUUAAAAGAAGAUCAUUUUGCAUUCUGUCGUGAAAUCGGUUAAUGUCGUCACAGUGGAGGGCUGGAAAGUAGCUCCGAUUGCUCGUUCGAGUGGCGUUCACGUGGAAAUAUACGGCUAGAAGUCGGAGGAACUUUGUGUAAUCAACGAGCCGCUUCUUCUUCGGCUGACGUUCACUUGGCACCGGGAUAUCCGUUGAAAGAGGGAAUGAAGGGCCAUCCAGACAGCACGUAGGGACUGGCCCUUCUCGUCUUCGGAGAUGUGGCGCUAUCUACAGUACACUAUCCUCGGGCUUACCAUCGUUCUGCUGACGAUUCACGAGAUAGUUCUCGUCCGAGCCGGUGAACAAGAGAGGGUGGUCUGGUAUGAGGCAGCGACACGCGCGAUCGAAGCUCGUAUUCGCGCGUCGGCGGCAACUUCGAGCGUCAGCGGGACGACGCCACCGGUUGGUGUGGCGCGGGGCGUCGUUCUGUUCGUCGGUGACGGGAUGGGGAUGAGCACUCUCACGGCAGCGAGGAUCCUCUCGGGUCAACGUCAUGGAAACACGGGCGAGGAAGCGCAACUCGCUUGGGACAGCUUUCCAGCCGUGGCUCUGGCAAGGACUUACAACAUGGACGCCCAAGUUGGAGAGUCUUCGGCGUGUGCCACGGCGUUACUCUGCGGAGUGAAAGCCAAUUACGAGACCGUUGGCUUGGACUCGUCUGCACGUUUCGAGAUCUGUAAUUCCACUUUCGAUGCCCAUGUACCGUCUCUUAUCAAUUGGGCACAGGAGCAGGGUAAAUCGACGGGCCUGGUCACGACCACCAGGGUGACACACGCGACACCGGCGGCUCUUUACGCCCACGCAGCCAGCCGUUACUGGGAGGACGACGGUAAAGUGCCACCUGCUGCACGGACUUCUUGCAAGGAUAUCGCACGUCAGCUGCUCGAAGACGAACCCGGUCGUAACAUCAACGUGGUGCUCGGUGGGGGCAGACGUCAUUUCGUACCGAAGGUGACCCAGGAUCCAGAGGAACCGGAUAAAGAGGGUAGACGAUUGGACGGAAGAAAUCUGAUCAACGAAUGGUCGAGAAAUCAUGGGCUACGAAAUGUGGCCGCGAAAUAUGUCGCUAACAAGGAACAAUUCGAGAACGUGGAUCCACGCAAAGUGAAUCAUCUUCUUGGGCUGUUUUCCUAUUCCCACAUGGACUUUGACGUCGAUCGAAACACAAACGGAAGCGGCGAUCCUUCACUGGCCGAAAUGACGAUAAAAGCGCUCCGUGUACUGGCGAAAAAUCCCGAAGGAUAUUUCCUCUUCGUGGAAGGUGGCAGAAUCGAUCAUGCACAUCAUCAUAAUAACGCGUAUCGAGCACUGGACGAAACAUUAGCCCUAGAGGAAGCGGUAAGGGCCGUGAUAGAGGAAGUCGACUUGUCGGAGACGCUGCUCGUCGUGACGGCAGAUCAUUCGCACGUACUCACGCUCGGUGGUCUCGCAACACGCCGUGGAAAUCCUAUAUUCGGUUCCGACAGCAAGAUGUCGGAUGUUGAUGGACAACCGUAUACAACGUUGUUGUAUAGCAAUGGGCCUGGAUACACGCAGCCGAGGAAUAUAUUACGAGAGGCUGGAAAGGAUUCCAUUCAGACAGCAGGAGUGCCACGAGCCUGGGCGACACACGGCGGAGAGGAUGUGCCCGUGUUCGCCAUCGGUCCUCUGGCCAAUGUCUUGUUCUCCGGCAGCAUCGACCAGAGCUAUAUACCUCACGCCAUCUCGUACGCCGCCUGUCUGGGUCACCAUGCGAGCCGUUGCUCUCGAGAUUCCACCUCCAGCAACGACACAAUGAGCGUCCCGAUAAGCUGUCCCUCGGCGGAGCCGAACAGCGCCGCGAUAUCCAGCGACGUGAUGAAUGACCAGGCCAGAAAUCCACCCACGAAAUCCGCCGCGUCCCUUGAAACGACCAGCUGCCAUUCGCUGACCAGUGUUCUCUUGCUCUCCCUUAUCCUCGCCAUACUGCCCUUCCACCUAGACGCAACCAGUUAAUGCCCGUUUCAGCCUCCUCCGGUGAAUGCCUCUCUGUUACACAUUCCACGUGAAACCUCCCGAAGAAGCCUCCCUCUAAUCUGCCCAAUUAAGACAACAGGUGAUCCUAACGAGCCACCAACGUCCUGAGAGAUUUCGAGUAUUAAACAGCGCGAGAAAAGUGAAUGCAGCUGUGAUUAAUCAGGGCAAACAAAGAAUUUACAGAUACGGAGGUUUUCGAAGAGAAUUCACGAUUUGCAUCAAAUUCGAAUUUCCUUGCAGAGGAAUAUUAGGUACAAUUUAUCAAUGAUUCAACGUAUCGUGCCUCGAGAUAGAAGAACGUCUAUUCUACGCUUGGAAGAUUCAAGGAUGUAGCUUGAACAGGGUUAACCUACGUGACAUAUAAACUGUCCCCUAUCCCGUUGCGCUGUUACGUCACCUCGAAGGGAGACAGGAUUAAUUCCGGUUCUACCCAACUUCUUCCGGGCAACAGACUCGUGUUACGUUGAACGUACGUGUACAGAGGGAACUACCGAUUAAUCAGCGUCAGGGAUCAACGAAUGAUGCCUAAUCAUGAACGAUUUUCGGGAGCUUUGGAAUCGCGCUAGAAUGCGUUUAAUUGAAUUUUAACAAGUGUUGUAAAAGUGUUACAAGACUCAUCGAGUGAUGCGACGUUGUUUAAGACAGUUUGACUAUUCUCUUUCGCGAUUCAACUCGGUUGAAAAAUGAGCCAGAGCAAGUUUUUGAAUAAAUUUUCGAAGAAUUUAAAGUGACACGAUGAAAAUAUUCGAAACGGUUAAGGAAACAAUCUACGACGGUAAUGACUAUUCCAAAACUGCUCGAUGAACUUUGACAACUUUCAAACCGCUCGCAGGAUCUAAAUGAGGUUUACAAGUACUACGUGACGAGGAUAUUUCAGUCGAACCGUGAAAGGAGUUCGGAUAAAGUCGAUUCGGUUCGAUUAAAAGGGUGUUAAAUGCGAUGGGACAGACAUUGUGCUGAUCGUCGAUACAAAGUGUCGGGAAAUUUCCUUGAAAUUCGUCGGAUAAAAUCCAUUCUAGAAGUGAUUGUCACAGAAUCUCCGUUUUUCGAGCAGGAGUGAAUUAAAUUCUCGAAAAAAACUAUCAAGUGCGACUGCUGUAUCGUUGAUACAAAUAACAAAAAAGUACCAAGUCAUCGAAGAAUAAAUUUGUUAUGCAAUUCGAUUGCAUUUUUUAUUUUCUUGAAACUUUUAUCGAAACAAGAAAAUCAUGAUCAGGUGGUUUAACGCUAUUAAUUAAUCAUUUCACUGCUUUUGUGUUUCUCUUAAGAAUUUUUUCAAAAUGAAGUACUCUUUAUGGGAACCGUUUAAGGAAAGGAUAACCAGGGUAAAAAGCUGCUGAAUGUUACAUGUGUUCGAAAACCUGGUCUCUUAAGGAUUCUUCGAGCGAACACUGCCAUCCAAGAUUUCAGCGUUCAAAGAAGAACCAGUGAAACCUUAGCGCGAAUCGAUCGAGAAAAUCUGUUCAAGCAAUUUUCCCAAUUUUCCUCGAACAAAUUCACCUUUCUGAACAGCCUCGAAUGCAAAUAAUAUUGAAAUUGUUAUAAUGGUCUCAUCCAACGGUAUUCGAAUGGUAAUUUUCAGAUUCGAAAACGAUCCUCCGCGAGUUAGAAAGAAAAGUACGUUUUAAUUCAAAUUUAUGAUAAUUCCUUUUCGCAAAGUCGAGUAUAACAGCGGUCUCAGAUGUGUGGAAGUUCCGGGAAACGCACGGUCUUAAGAUCACGUGUCGAUCAGAGGGACGAUUAGAUUGGCAGUACUGGGAAUGAAAGUGCAGAAAACGGGCAGGAUUAAAGGGAAAACGCUUCGAAACCGAUUGAAAGUGACGCAAACGAUGAGAAUCGACCUCCCGCGCCGUGAAAUCAAAUUCACUUUAACCCUAGAUUACUAUCUGAAUUGAAAAGGCCAUUCUUGAGAGGUUCAAGUGCCUCGAUUUCAAAUGAAAGAUCUCUGAAGAUAAAAACAAUUAUUAAUAGCAAACGAAUUUUUUUCUAGCAAUUACACGCCGAAUAAACGAUAGAAAAAUGAUAAAAAUUUGCAAACAUUUGAGAACAGAAUUAUGUUCAUUACUAACAUUUACCAUUCGCUUCUUCUUCAAAGGGAUAAAAAUGAAAAAUUAAUAAUGAAUUGAAAAUUAAAUAGUUUCUUAUUUUUUACUUUCAUUUUCGAACAAAGCUUACUGUGUACAAAGUAGCCGGAAAUGUAAUACUGCCUUCGAUAUUCUCCUUGAAAUUUCACAUCAGAAUUUCUAUCGGAGUCGUCAUCGCUGUCGGAUAUUAGUUUGCUUUUGCGAUAGCUUCGAGCCGAAAGUGUUCGUUGUAUCGUUCCGAGGAGAACGUAAGUGCAGGUAAAAUUAAUUUUCGCGAAAGGUGGGAAAUUCGGUGGAAAUUAAACUUGUUCCACUUAAUUCGACUUAAAAGGAAUUUCUCGCUCGAUGAUGAAGUGUUCGUAAGUGAAACUUCAAAGUAACGCGAUAGAAAGGAGUAUACGAGUGACAAUGUUACUCGUACGCUUUUUCUUCAAGACACUUUCAAGGAGAUUAUUUUUAAAUUCGCGUCACUUAAUGGAAUUUAUUUAUUAUUCACGGAUACAACACAUAAGAUUCGCUAGAUUGAUCUCAAACCGAUCUCGUUAGAGUGAUGUUAGAUCAACGAUGUUAAUCGCGUCUAGGAUGUUUCCGCUUGUUCGCGUUGCACAGAGUACAAGAUCGAGGGUCGCUAACAAAACCGUUCCAUUUCCAGCUAGCAACAAGGGAAUCGCGGUAGAAACUGAAAUGAACAACUCUCCUGUGUAUUACGCACAGGGAUAUCCGAGCACUACAACUUCAUACGAGCGAGUCAUUUACGAGGGCACUCAUUUCGGUAUUUGAUGAUGCCCAGGUAUCGAAUUCAUUAUCAAUAUUGCAUGGAAAUUAUUAUCAUUUCUAUCGUUAUAACGAGUUUCAAAGGCGCUAUUAUUCUUAUCAUAAAUUCGAAAAUUGAACUUACUAUUAUUAUUGCAAUUUUCCAUGUUAUUAAAUUACAAUAUGAAAUUCGAGCGAAAUUUCAGGAGAUUCGUGAACUUUUUUUUAAUUUUAUUAGAAAGGAAGCUGAUAGCGAUUGAAAAAGCGUGAAAGAUUUUAAGAAAUGACAACGACGAGAUUUAUAUAGCUCUUCGGAGGAAGACAAUGAGGAGGGUAGAACAAUGAACAGACAUUCAAGAGCAAAUAAACUUAGCCGCAAAGUUUCGUGGAAAGAUUUCGCGAAUCCGUGAGCGAAACUCCGGAAGAAAAAACAUCUUCGACGGGGUUAAUCGGGAAGUUUCGGAAAUACGUUUGCUUCGACUAGUUGCGGAACUUUAACGAGAAACGCUCCAACUCUUCCAUCCGUUUAUAUUGAUUUUUUUGGUAUUGCUUUUUGGAAUCUUGUUGCUUUGAGCCACCCUGUUUACGAUGAAAAACUGUCGCAGCUAUUUCAAAAUUAAUCCCCCGUGUGUGACAUACUUCUAAUAGCCAAUAAAUUCUAACGCUGUGCUUGCAUUCUUUUGUUCGUUAAUUCUAAAAAUUGCAAUUUUUGUUAUUCUUAAUAAUCCGCAACGUUUUUGUCACCGACAGAAGUAUACUGUGAAAGCCAGAGCUCUGUGAGCUAAGAAUAUUCUAAUAAAAAGUAGAAAGGCAAUGAAGAAUCAUCCGCGCAACGAAACGAGCAACUUCAAUGUAGUUCUCUGAAUAUUCCUCUUCUUUUUUAUUCUGUGAAAUUUGCAUCCUAGUAUGAUAAGAUGAAAGAGAGACAUUAGGGUUACAAAAGGAAAUAUGAAACUCAGAAAAAUAUUACUCCGUUAUUUACCAUAAUUUCAGACAAAGAACAUCGUUCCGUGAAGUAAAUUCUAAUGGAAAUGCGUUUUGCAAUUAAAAAAUUCUACAAUAUUCA